GGCAUCGGUUUCAUUACAUUGGGAUUGAUAUGGAAAAGUCAAACGGACCAAUUAAUGCAAGCUGGUCCGAAUCGAAGGACGGCGAGAAAGAACUCGUAGAUGCAGAAUUUUUGGUUGAUCUUCUUGAGGGCUAUAGAUAUGGUAAGGAUAAUGUUCCCGCCCGAGAAUUUCGAUUCAAGGCGGCAGCGACGGCGCCGGCGCCGGUCAACACCACCGAAGUCGAAGAGGACAAUGAUGGAUCUCAAGGGAACGAAAGGCAACAGAACGGAGAAGAUUGUGAGAUAGAAGAAGAAGAGGAUGAAGAAAAGAACGAGAGAUCAUCACCGGGUUCAGAAGAGAAGUCAAACCUAGAGAAGUUGCUUGCGACACAAGAAAACUACGAGCUCUACUGUCCAAGCUGUAACUCAUGUAUCACCAGAAAAGUGAUUCUCAAGAAAAGGAAAAGUGGGAAGCACGUUGAUUCGUCUCCGGAUCUGAAACCCAAUGUUCCGGUUGUUGAACCAGACGAACCAAGCAACAUUGAAGCGAUGGAGCCACCGGUUAAGGUUCAUGUCCUCCCUGAGACUCGUAUUGAGGAUGAUGAUCAAGAAGAUAAAGAGGGAACUAUCUUCACUUGCUUGGCUUGUGAUCUUAAGUACUUAAUCCGGUUAGGAACAAAGUUCUUACAACUUGAUUAUAUCACGGGAAAACCGGUUGAGGAACCAGUUAAAGUAAAUUUAGAGGUGAAGAAUAGUAUUCAACAGUCACUGCCUCAAAUUCAACCAGACCGAGAAAGAUUCGCCGUUGAGUUGUUAAAGAGCACAGUCUACGGCGGUCUCACCGAGACCAUCACCAGCCUCGGCGUUGUAUCCUCAGCCUCUGCCUCCGGUUCCUCCACCAUGAAUAUCUUGGCUCUUGCAGUCGCAAAUUUGGCCGGUGGGCUCAUCGUCCUCGCUCAAAACCUUCAAGAUCUAAUAAACAAUUCAGAUCAAGAGAAAGAUCGGUACGAGGAAUUGUUAGGGAGACGUGCUAAUUUCCGGAUACAUAUCUUAGUAGCGGUCAUGUCUUACAUUUUCUUCGGCCUAAUUCCUCCAUUAGUUUACGCAUUUUCCUUCUACGAAACUGGAAUCAAGAACUACAAGCUCGUCUCGGUUUUCUCGGUUUCUCUACUUUGCGUGAUUUUGCUCGGUUUGAUCAAGGUCUAUGUCCGAAAACCGCCAAACUCACGUGAAUUGACUAAAGCUUAUCUCAAAUCUGCGGCUUAUUAUACGUCUACUGUUGUUGCUUCUUGCGGAAUUUCAUACGUUGUCGGAGAUAUCAUGGGAGAGUAUAUCGGUAAGCUCAGUUUGGUUGGUUUAGACCAGAUCAGUAUAACUUCACCAUGUUAUGGAAUUAAACCCGAGGAGUGCCGGUUUACUUCCUUUUAAUGUAAUGAAAGGUGGAACUAAGAACCGGUCAGACCAGCGUCGUAUAUUUCUGUUCUAAUUACUUACUAAAUCUCUUUUCCGUUAUCUUGGUAUACGCAGAGUGGACUUUGUAAAGAGUUAAAGGUUAAAAUUAAAACCGAUGAUUUUUUGGAAUAAAGGUGUUUGAGGUUU